CCGUAUCGAAAGCACGCAACGUUAAGAGCAGAACAUUACUGCGCAACUGCAUCAAGGCUGGUAGAUAAACCAAACCAUCAUUCUUGAGCUAAACGAGUAGCUGCUGCAUAUGGCGGUUUUGCACGUAUCACAAAUAUAUAUUUCUAAGUUUUAGGUCGGCACUGCCAGUGAUGUCUUUCGUCUCCGCAGGCGAUACAGCGGCUGGGAUGCUAGUGCGAGCGAUGAUUCCUUCUGCCCGACAGGCUGCUUGGGGCCGUCUAUCGUUACAGCUUAGACAUUGCAGCAGCAGCAGCAGCUCUGGGACCGGUGGUGAUGCACCGGCCAAAUCGGGCACAUUCUGGUCCAACCUUCAACGCGCUCUGUUCCCUGUCGGGCCAAGCAAAUCGGCAGCUCGUACAGCUUCAGAGGCGUCAGCGUCGUCGUCUACACCAGUAGCCUCAGCCUCGAGAGGUACUCCGACGACACAAUUGAGACCGCCAUCCGGGAAUCCGGCCACCGCUGCUGCUGCGGCCGCUGCACGGGAAGCGCGGGCACAACAGCGCCGUGCAGCCCGCGGGCAAGAGGACGCGUUUGCAGCGCUCAGCAAGCCUGCUGAGCAGUUCUCAGGGACGUUGCUCAAAGCUGCAGUGCUGCUGAUUACGGUGCCGCUUGGAGUCCACAUGAUGUCGCACAGCCUCAUGAUGUCGCUGUGUGUGCGGGGGCUAGAGUCCGACCGCCCCGAAACCGUGGUGCUCACCCUCAAGCGGGUUCGCUCGGUGGUGGCGUCCGACUACCUGGCUGACCGGUUCGAGGCGGAGGACGGAGUGGGACUGCUGCUGGCCACCUUCCAUGAGGGCUCGGGGGAAGCCGUGCUGCGGGAGUUCCUGGCGGCCGCACAGCAGCUGCUGCGGUUCCGAAGCACCCGGGAGGCGCUGCUCAUGUCCUCCCUGGUAGAGCGGUUGCAGCGGGCUGCAGCUGCGGGAUGGCUGCCGGCCUCGCUGCGGGAGGAGGCGCACCAGCUGUACCUGGAGGCGCAUGCAGCUAGGAGGAUGGAGAUGGAGGCGGCGGCGGGGGUGGCAGCGCCGUGAGAGAGUCGGCAGGGGGGACCCAACCGUUGGGAGAGGGGUGAGGGUGGUGGUGGUGCCGGUGGGUGAGAUGGCAGGGGGAGGUGGCGCGGUGGGUGUGCUAAGCUUCUGAGGCGGUUAUGGACUCUACAGGCUGUACGAGAAGGUGUCGAAAUGUACGACAGGGGAUUAUGAGGGAAGGCGGAGGCAGGAGCGUGCUGUCGCGAGGCGUGCAGUGCUGCAGUGGCGUGAAGCUUCAAUGGACUUGUACGGCAGUUAAUCGUACGGCUCGAACCUGAACUGGCUGGGUAUUGGACCUGGUCUGUGUCGCCAUCAAGUGUAAGCACAAGCGG